AUGACGACACUGUGCUUUACGUCGGUCGGUCUCACCCCAAUCGCGGAGUCGGAGAUGACAUCACACUCGUUUCCCUCGGCCUUUCUGGAUCAAUGGAUUCACACUCUCAAGUCGAACCGCGGAGAGCAGCUCAAUGACUUCCCCAACUAUCACGUCUCGGACCCUGAGAGCCUCGUGACGACAUGCAGUCCCAAGUCGCUCACCGUCGGCAACGGCGCCACCGUCUACAGGAACAUCAUUCUCCCGGCCAUCCUGACUGCGAAACAUGAGGUCAUUUUGGUGACCUGCUUCUGGGCUCCGUCCGAUACACUGACCGCCAUCAAGGAGACACUGGAGCUUCUCGCCGAACAACGACAAGAAGCAAUCCGCACAUCUGGCGAGCACGCAGUCGCCCCGUUACGCGUUCGCAUCUGCUUUUCGUCGCGCAGCCUCUUCCAGAAGAUAUUCCAUCCGUGGUCGAGGGACGGAUACGCGUACCCGUCCUCGGCAUGGCCAAAGCUCGGGCUGACUCCAGACACCACCCUCAAGGCGGCCCGCAUCGAACUCUCCGCCAAGAGCCUGUUCUUCUUGCCAUUCAGCGUCAUGCAUCCCAAGUUUGUCAUUGUCGACCGCAGACGCGCCUGGAUGCCCAGCUGCAACGUGAGCUGGGAGACGUGGUUCGAAGGUUGCAUUGGGUUCGAAGGGGCUGCCGUUGCACAGCUCAUGAGAUUCUAUGCCCACGUGUGGGAGCCAGACAGCCCUCGAGAUAUUCCCGACGGAUUCGCCAACAGUGAGGCGACAAACUGGGGACCAGGCCAUGUCGCUGAAGACGCUGGCCGGACUGCUACUGGACUACCUUCGGACGAAGAGACGGCGUAUCGCCAGCUCGACCUCUCAAGCCUGCCACCGUGUCCAACAAUUAUCUUGCCUUCAUCUCAUCACUGGAACCCUGGCUUUCGCUACGUGCCCUUAAGGCGGCGGACCACAGCGCCGGCGACCCCAUUGAACGCUGCGCUGCUCUCUCUGUUCGCGUGUGCCCGGACUGACAUCGACAUCGUGACGCCAAACCUGACUUGUCGGACAGUUGUUGACGCGCUCUUGGACGCUCUGCGUCGCGGCGUCGACGUCCGCAUUAGGACGAGCAAGAACAUGAUGUUAAUCGAGCAGCUCGUCACGGCUUGCACAACGACGGAAUGGACGCUCCAAUCGCUCAUCAAGCGAUACAGCCAAGCUUGUGCCGAGUGGAGACGGAAACGAUCGGCUGACGCCGAGUCUCAGCUGCAACGUCCUGGCCGUCUCGACAUUUACUACUACCGCCCGAACUUGCAGGCGACGGCGGCCCGGGACCCUGAGGAACCGGUCGUGUCGCACUUGAAGAUGACACUCGUCGACAGGGAGUACCUGUGCCUGGGCUCUGGCAACCUGGACCGGGCCAGCUGGUAUACGAGUCAAGAGUUGGGCAUCCUGCUACACAUCCCCGACUUCAAGUAUGAUAUUUGGUCUGAAUCUCUCGAGUCCAGAGUAGAAGUGCGAUUCAGUGGAGGGGCCGGUGACAGAAUGGCGGGCUAG